AUGGACGAUAACUUGGUUAUAUCUCACAAGCAAAAAGACAAUCCUCUCAUAAAUCACUUGAGACAUGUACCUUAUGAGUUUGGGGAAGUUAAGGCAGAUUUUUGCAUUGGACAAUCAAUUGGUAUACUUUUUAUAUCACAAAAGUUCCAUAGAUUAUCUCCAAAUUAUCUACCUAACCGUAUUUGCAGUUUCAAAGAUAAAUUCUCGAAAAAAUUCAUCAUCUGCCAAGUAGAUUUGCAAGAUCCAUUUCCUGUUUUGGAAUCAAUACAACUACUGGCAAUUAAAUCACAUAUAACAUUAUUGCUCUCUUGGUCCCCCGCUGAGUCAGCCAAGUUAAUUGAGAUAUGCAGAAUUUACGUAUUAAAACCCUCAACAUACAUAAAUCCCUCACCUAGUACUAUAUAUGAAUCCGUAAUAGAGGCACUAACUAAGUCAUGUAAAAUAAGCACUUCAAAUGCUAAAAUGUUGAUGGAAAGGUUUAAUACUCUUCAUGGGAUAAUGAAUGCAACAUACGACGAAUUGAGAAAGUGUCCAGGUAUUGGAGAUAAAAAGGCUGAAUUUAUAGUAAAUGCAUUUAAUUCGCCUUUCAAGCUAUCAGAAUCGGAUACUGUUGUAGAUUAA